AUGAAGGCUAAAAGAAAGUCCACAUCUGGAACCAUAAACGAGAAUAAUGCAAAAACAGGUGCGGUUGGGAAAAGCUAUGUGAAGGCUGUAAAAGAACAUACUGCCAGUGUACCGGAACCCGGUCGUCCGUGCUCACAAAGACGGUUCUUGGAAGAGUUCACGAAACGUAUCAAUUCACAGAAUACGCACGUCGAGGAAAAUAUGCUACACGAAUUUAAGGUUUAUCUAGAUGUGAAGAAAAAAUAUCUAGUGCUGAUGCAAGAGGCACAGAGACGUGAGAUAAACCAAACAAAAUGGACGCAGAAAAUAACAUCGGAGAGCGUUGACUCACUUAUACUUGGAGCAGUAAACGGAGCGGAAUAUGCUACACAGAAUCCCCCAAAACGAACUUUGGCCGAUGAAGAACCGGAAAAUAAAGACUUAGAAGAGGUCAAGAAGUGUAUGAGGGAGAUGAAUCUCAUACUUGCUUUUAAGCUUCACUGUCAUGAAGCAUUAAACAUAUUGACAGACCGUGUGAGAAUACCACACCUAUUUGUACCAGAAGGGCAGCGAUUCUCAAGCAGGAGAAAGCUUAUAGUAUGUACGGCAAUUAUUGUGCCUUAUCUAAGGACUAGGUACAACGUCACAGAUAAUCCUACUGUUGAAAACGUAUUAGCAGCCUAG